AUGGGUGCUUGCAGCUCUUCUUGCUGCUCGGGCAAAUCCCGUGAUGGCCUAUACGAGAAUGUGCUCGCCGACAGCGAGCGGGAGGCUGUCGCCGACCUGCUACACUAUCUUGAGAACCGCGGCGAAACCGACUUCUUCUCGGGCGAGCCCCUCCGAGCUCUCAGCACCCUCGUCUUCUCAGAUAAUAUGGACCUCCAGAGGAGUGCAAGCCUGACGUUUGCUGAGAUCACAGAGAGAGAUGUCCGGCCCGUUGACCGUGAUACCCUCGAACCUAUACUCUUUCUUCUGCAAAAUUCCGACAUCGAGGUGCAAAGGGCAGCUAGUGCCGCACUGGGAAAUCUUGCUGUCAACACUGAGAACAAGGUUUUGAUUGUUCAACUGGGAGGACUGACACCUCUGAUCCGGCAAAUGAUGUCGUCAAAUGUCGAAGUCCAGUGCAAUGCCGUGGGUUGUAUCACCAACUUGGCAACGCACGAGGACAACAAAGCCAAGAUUGCCCGGUCUGGGGCUCUUGGUCCACUGACGCGGCUGGCAAGUUCCAAGGACAUGAGGGUUCAGAGAAAUGCCACCGGGGCCCUCCUGAACAUGACGCAUUCUGACGAGAAUCGGCAAGCGCUUGUAAACGCUGGCGCUGUACCUGUGCUGGUUCAGCUCCUGUCCUCCAAGGACGUGGAUGUCCAGUACUACUGCACGACGGCCUUGAGCAAUAUUGCCGUCGAUGCUAACAACAGACGGAAGUUGGCCUUGGAAGAAGAUCGCCUCGUGCAGUACCUGGUUAAACUCAUGGAUUCUUCGUCGCCCAAAGUCCAGUGCCAAGCUGCGCUCGCCCUCCGAAAUCUAGCAUCCGACGAAAAGUAUCAGCUAGAGAUUGUUGAGGCACACGGGCUGCCCCCCUUACUUCAUCUGCUCCAGUCGUCGUAUCUCCCCCUCAUAUUGUCGGCAGUAGCGUGCAUUCGCAAUAUCUCGAUCCAUCCCAAAAACGAGUCCCCGAUCAUCGAGGCCGGGUUCCUGAGGCCCCUUGUCGACCUCUUAGGGUCAACUGACAAUGAGGAAAUCCAGUGUCACGCCAUCUCGACACUCCGAAAUCUCGCAGCAAGCUCGGACCUGAACAAGGCCCUGGUACUCGAAGCCGGAGCUGUGCAAAAGUGCAAGCAGCUUGUUCUGGAGGUCCCUGUGACGGUGCAGUCGGAAAUGACGGCCGCCAUUGCUGUGCUUGCCUUGAGUGACGAGCUCAAGACGCACCUUCUGGAGCUCGGUGUAUUCGAGGUCCUGAUACCCUUAACAAAGUCCUCGAGCAUUGAAGUCCAGGGUAAUAGCGCUGCUGCGUUGGGGAAUCUCUCCUCGAAAGUCGGCGAUUACAGCAUUUUCAUCCAGAACUGGACUGAACCUAGCGAUGGCAUACACGGCUACUUGAGCAGGUUCCUCGCCAGCGGAGAUGCCACGUUUCAGCACAUUGCAAUCUGGACUCUGCUCCAGUUACUCGAGUCCGAAGAUCAGAAGCUCAUCAACCUCAUUGGCCAGUCUGUCGAUGUCGUUGACAUGAUCAAGCAGAUUGCCAACCGGCAAAUUGAGUCGGAUAACGAACUCGAAGAUGAUGACGAGAGCGAAGUCGUCAGCUUGGCCCAGCGCUGCCUGGAGCUCCUCGGGCAAGGAAUGGCGAAGAUUCAUAUUGAAGGUUGA